AUGACAAAUAAAAAAAGGAAUUAAAAUAUUGGAUUUUCCUCUCAUGAAAAUGCUAAUAAUAUUUAUAAUGGUAAUAAUAAUUAUAAUAACAAUAAUUAUACAGUUCAUGAACCUAAAUUAAAUCAAAUCUAUGCUGAUUCAAUUGUUAAAUAAAUCUUUGUAAGUAGUGAUCAAAAUCCUUAAUUAAAUGAAAAUGCUUAAAAAAAAAAUUUGUAUGAAAUACCUUACUAACAAUAAUAAUAACAAUUAUUGCACAGACAAUAACAAUAAGAAUAGAUAGUAUAAUCAUAAUCAAAUAAUUAUGAAAAUAAUUUAAAUUCUUAAUAGGAUAAUUAUAACACUUAGACAAAUAUUUAUUAUUCCAAAUAUAUCGUAAAUGAUUCUGAUUACUAAGGAAACAGCAGUACCUUCAACCCUUCUAACAACAGGAGCGGCUAUUCUGAAAAUGAAUUUGAUAACUAGGAAGAAUAUAGCAGCUAUUUGAAAUCGCAAAGAGCCAAAGAAGAGAGAAUGCAAAAGAAAUAACAAAAAAAGUAAAAACUUAUUGAAUAGAGUCAACAUUUACCUAAACGCCUUCUCAGAAGUCAGUAAAAUUUUAACAAAUCCUCAAAUUGUAUUCCUGACUCUGAUCCUUCUAACUAGAGUUUAUCUACAUGCUUGAGUUACGAAACUACUCUAAGUGCAACAGAAAGUUAAUCGACAUUACAGAGGAAAAUGUAAGAAGAACAACUUUCCAAUAAAAAGUCUUAAAAUAACUAUGAAAUCACUGAUUUUAAGUAAUAAAAUGAAAGUUAUUACCAAAUAAACUUAUAAAACCAAUAAAAUGACGGAGUAGGUUUUGCUGUUUAGAGCAACCUCAUAAAAAUGCCUUAAGUGUAAGAUUUUAGUUUAGAGCAUAUAUCAGAUUCAAAUAAUUCAAAUAACAACAACUCUAACAAUAACAUAUAUUAUACUAAUAAUCUAUAUAAUAAUAAUAAUAAUAACAAUUUAUACUAACAAAACGAAGCUAUUCAAGGAUAAUUAACUUCAUACGAUAUUAUUUAUAGUAAUUCUCAGAUACAAAAUAAUCAAGCAAUUCAAAAAAACAAACCCAGCUUUCAAGAAAAUAGAAUUUUACAAAACAACUUCGACUACAGAACAUUUCAUUAUAAUUAAAAUGAAAAAAACAGCAGUUACACAGAUAUCAUUAGUUAUAAUGCUAGCAAUGCUAGCGAACAGUUAGUUUGCUCGAAUCAGUAACUCAACUCUCAAAUUAAUUAAAUAGAAUAUAUAGAAGAAAUUGAAGAUUAAAACGAUUUGGCUGAUGCCUUAAUUGGUAUUGAUUUGCAGGCAGUAACAAAAAAAAAUGUAGUCAAAAACAUUAUGAGUGCUUUCAAGCGCUUUAUUUGCUACAUUUUUGAAUACAAGCAAAAUGAAAAACAGACAGCGCUGACUGUCAAACACCACUUAUUUACAAAGCAGUAAAUUAAAAUUUACUUCCAAGAUAACCAAGUCCUGGCUUAGUAGUCAAUUGAGUUAUGCAAGGACAUCAUUUUAAAUAUUUUCAAAAACUCACACAGUAUUCCUACUCAAACUUCAGAAAUGGACUUUUUUAAGAAAUUUAAAAGAUAUAUAAACCACAAACAGUUUAAUAAUUCAACGAUAUCUCUCCUUAUCAGACAUGAAAACUAUGGUCCAAUCUUCAAAUUCUACCUUGAAAAUUAUAUAUAAAAAUGGAUUGAUAACAGUCUAAAUUCAAACCAAAAAUCGCACGAAGACAUUAUUAAAUAUAUUUUAUGCUCCUUUUCUAACUUUAAACUCCUCGACUAAUUUAUUUAUAGAUGCAAAAAAUAAACCUUAAAUUGA